GUCCGGGUCGGGGUGGGGCUCUGCAGAGCUGCAUACCUGGACCAAGAAGAAAGAACAAAUCUGCUGUGUUUAACUCAGUGAAAGUGUCUAAAUCUUUAAAUCAUUUCUUUUCAAAUCUUUUCCGAAGAAAGUUAAGAUUAAUUCUGUUAGUAAAAGCGUGUAACUCCGGGGAUUUAUUGUGUCUGAGGUUCAUCAGUGCAGCUGCUGCUUCAUCUCACUAUUUACAGCAUCUUAGUGUCUUUCAGAAUGGGAGCAAACGCAGAAAAGAAGGACAGAUGUGGGACCGUGUGCCUGAAAUACCUCCUGUUCACCUUUAACUUCCUGUUUUGGCUGGCAGGGGGUGCCGUGAUGGCUGUAGGAUUGUGGACGCUGGUGAAGAAGAGCGACUACAUCAGCCUGCUCUCCUCCAGGAUCUACGCCGUGUCGGCCUACAUCCUCUGCCUGGCCGGGGUCAUCGUCAUGGUAACGGGGGUUCUGGGCUGCUGCGCCACCUUUAAGGAGAAAAGACGACUUCUGAGAGUGUAUUUCGUCCUGCUGAUGUGCAUCUUUCUUCUGGAGAUCCUGGCUGGAGUUCUGGCCUACAUCUACUACCAGCAGCUGAGCGACGAGCUGAAGAGUAAUCUGAAGAACACGAUGGUGAAUAAAUAUAAGCAGCCGGAACAGGACCACGUCACACAGGCUGUGGAUAAAUUACAGCAAGAAUUUAAAUGCUGCGGCAGCCACAACUCGUCUGAUUGGAUGGAGAGCGUUUGGGUCCGCACCAGCGAGUCCGGUAAGCGAGUGGUACCAGACAGCUGCUGUAAGACGCCCAUGGAGCUGUGUGGACAACGAGAUCAUCCCUCUAACAUUUACAAAGUGGAGGGCGGCUGCAUUGCUAAGCUGGAGAACUUCAUUAUGGACCACUUAAAGCUGAUUGGUGCUGUGGGAGUGGGUGUGGCCUGUGUACAGAUCGUGGGGAUGAUUUUCACAUGCUGCCUCUACAGGAGUUUGAAAGCAGAGCCGUACUAAACUGUCGUCCUAAAAAUCACGCUUUUACGCUUUAGUCUAACGUACCAAACGUUCUCACACACCGAGACGACAGACGGAGGUUUGUGCUUGUGAGUGUUUUUGCGCUGCCUCGGGAACAGGAAGUGCCUGUUAAUGAAGAGAAUCAGAGCGUGAUAAGAGUGUACACUUGAAAUUGUUGAACUAACUUUAAAUAACGGACGAUUAUAUUUAACGUAACGAUGUCCUGCGUAACCUGUAGCUCAUCUGAGUGCCUUUUAAUGAAAUAAGGAAUUUCAUUAACCCUGUAAUGACUGACUACUGUUUUAUAAACGAUAUCCAAUAUACUGGAUAUUUAUUCUUUAUAAUUUAUACUGUUUUGUCGUUUUCUUCCUGAUUGUUUUGACGUCUGAGCAUUUCGAGUCCUGGUUUAUCAUCAAGUCAACAAGUGUUGUAUGAUGUGUUACAAUUAGUUUUUUUUUUAAUUUGCUGUUUUUAAUUGGCGUUAAGUCUGAGUUAGGAGUUUUUCUUAAUCAUGAACGUGUAGCAAAUCACCAUUGUUAUCAUGUUAUAAUGUAAUAAUAGGCAGGAAAUGUAAUUUUGUAUUAAAUCCUGACCUGACACCAGA